AUGACCGAAAUUCGCCGUCAUUCUGUUCACAACAUCGACGAGAUUCGUAAACGUACUGCCUCGGAACACCGUAACAGCGAAAACCCACCCCUCGUCCUCUUGUUGCUGAUGGGCACCGAAUUCGAUCAGGAACAAAACCGGCAUGAAGUCCCACUCCUUUUACAGCUUCGGGGCCAGCUAUACGAUGUCGCUAAAUUUGCGAAGAAACACCCUGGUGGUGAAAAGGUUUUGCGCAAGCUGGCUGGCGGGGAUGUUGACGCCUUUAUGAGGGGCGAGCAACGAAUACUUGGUGUCAAGCAUGAACACUCAGCGGCUGCCUACGCUAUGCUGGAACGUUAUAAUGUCGAACACUUGCAAAAGAACGACCCGUAUUUGGAUGAAAAACGAGGAGUACUAGGCCGUAUAGGCAACUUGGGGGCCGAUUACUGGACAUGGAUCCAUCAGCCUUACGAAGGAACGAUCAGGCUCUUUGACUCGGAUUUUUUGGAAAGGCUCACGCGUACCGCUUGGUGGGUGGUCCCAUUGGUCUGGAUGCCGCUCGUUGUUUUGUUUAGCGCCCUAGGAAUUACCGAAUUACACCAAAAUCACGGCGCUUUUGUUGCUUCGGUUGUCUGGGGUGUCCUCUUUUCGAUUGGAGUGUUAACCUGGACUUUGGUAGAAUACCUCCUUCACCGAUAUGUUUUCCACUGGCACCCAGAUACUUCGUCACAGACACAAAUUGUUCUCCAUUUUCUAAUUCAUGGGCUACAUCAUAAAACCCCCAUGGAUGGAGACCGGCUUGUGUUUCCCCCGACCCCUGCGCUCUUCAUUAUUAUUUUCUUCGCAUCGAUUUAUGUGUCCAUUCUCCCCUGGGCCGCGUUCUGUUGUUUUGGUGCCGGAAAGUUGUGCGGAUACGUGAUGUACGAUUGUACGCACUACUACCUUCACCAUGGAUCACCCAAACCCGGAUCUGAUAUGCACUACAAGAAAGUCUAUCAUCACAAUCACCACUUCAAAAACUAUGACCUUUUGGGAUUUCGACGCAAAUAUGGGAUCAUGUAUUUGCGACGCGACGAACUCCACCGCCUUUUUGGUCAAAUGCUUCUCCGCUACUUCCUGAACGAGAAGGGUGAACGCGUCUACACUCUCAAGAAGACCUCCCCAGAAGGUGCCCAGACCCAUUCGGCUCAUCCUGCUAAGUUUUCGCCGGAAGAUAAGUACAGCCAAUACCGCGUGAUUGUCAAGAAGCGCUUCCAUCUUCUCCCAUCUCAACAAGCAAAAAUCGUUUAU